UCAAGGCUGUAGUGAUGGGGAAGGAACAGGAUCUGCUGGUAGCUGUGAAGAAUGGAGAUCUUCUUUUGGCACACAAACUCCUCUCCAAAGUCAAGUGCAACAAGACAAAGUUGCUGGGCUCCACCAAGAGACUGAACAUCAACUACCAGGACUCGGAUGGGUUUUCAGCGCUGCAUCAUGCCGCUCUGACAGGCACCACAGAGCUGCUGUCUCUGCUGCUGGAGUCCCAGGCCACUGUGGAUAUCAAGGACAUCAACGGUAUGCGCCCUCUCCACUACGCUGCAUGGCAGGGCAAAGCGGACUCUGUCUUACUGCUCCUGAGAGCUGGAGCUUCAGUCAACACUCGCUCCCAUGACGGACAGAUACCCCUGCACCUCUCUGCUCAGUAUGGACACUACGAUGUGUCCGAGAUGUUGCUGCAGCACCAGUCCAACCCAUGCCUGAUGAAUAAAGUCAAGAAGACCCCUCUAGAUCUGGCCUGCGAGUUCGGCAGGCUAAAGGUGGCUCAGUUACUGCUGAGCAGUAACAUGGUGGCAACCCUGCUUGAGGGGGAGGGACGGGAUGGUUUAGACUCCUCCUCCACCACGCCCCUCCACCUGGCUGCGAGGAACGGACACAGAGACAUCAUCAGGUUGCUGCUCAAAGCUGGUAUUGACAUCAACAGAGUCACUAAAGCCGGGACCUCCCUGCAUGAAGCUGCCCUCUACGGCAAAACUGAAGUAGUGCGGCUGCUACUUGACGCGGGAAUUAAUGCGAAUAUGCGUAACACAUACAACCAGACAGCUCUGGACAUUGUCAACCAGUUCACCACCUCCACAGCCAGCAAGGAAAUCAAACAGCUGCUUAGAGAAGCAUCAAGUUCCCUCCAGGUUCGUGCAGUAAAGGACUACUGGAACCUCCACGAUCCCACAGCCCUUAACCUCCGAGCCGGGGACGUCAUCAUGGUCCUGGAGCAGCACUCAGACGGGCGGUGGAAAGGUCACAUCCAUGACAACCAGCGGGGAACAGACCGGGUGGGCUUCUUUCCCCCAUCUGUGGUGGAAGUCCUCAGCAGGAGAGCAGGGGGCACUCUUUCCCGCCAAGGCUCUCUACCUAACCAACGGCAACACUUCCUGUCCAGAGCUCCUCCUGCAAGCCAUGGCCCUACCCCUCAGACCGAUGACUCUUACACCCUCUACUAUGAACACGCAGGUGAUCCUUCUGGCAGUCAGCUCUCAGCCCCAGCUAGUCCUGCUAGCCCCACUCAGGACAUUUGGGUCCUCAGGAGCUCUCCCACUGGUGACAGACACAGCAUUAGUAGUGCGGGCAGCGUGGGCAGCAGUCGCAGUGCUGGUAGUGGGCAAAGCUCAGAGAGCGGCCACAAACAGAAUGGAACUCAUGUCCGCCACAAUGCCGACGCCGGCAAGCUGGCUCCCUCUACUGGUGAAUCGAGAGACCACCUCCACACUGCAGGGAUGGAGCAUGGCAAACCGGCCGACGCGCCCACAGGUGGUCCCCGUCGGCAGGCCAACAGCACGCCACAGAAGGGAUUUGUGAGGCCAGAACAACUCCUGGAGGGCAAGGACUCUGAGGCUAUUUACCAGUGGUUGUGUGAGUUCCAACUGGAGCAGUACACAUCCAACUUCAUCAACGCAGGAUAUGAUGUACCCACCAUCAGCAGAAUGACCCCUGAGGACCUGACAGCCAUUGGAGUGACCAAGCCAGGCCACCGCAAGAAGAUCUCAAUAGAGAUAGGCAACCUAAGCAUCCCCGAGUGGCUGCCUGAUUAUAUUCCUUGUGACCUGGGGGAGUGGUUGAGUGUGAUAGGUCUGCCACAGUACCAGAAGAGAUUGUGUGAGAAUGGAUAUGACUCAAUCUCUAUUGUCAAAGACAUCACCUGGGAGGAUCUGCAGGAAAUAGGCAUCACCAAACUGGGCCAUCAAAAGAAGCUGAUGCUGGCAGUAAAGAGACUCUGUGACCUGCAGCGCUCUCGUAACCAUGCUGACAGAGCUGGUGGGGGACAAAACCCCCCCGCUGCCUUGGAGCUGGUGGCCAUUGAGCACACACCAACACACAAUACAAAAUCUCACACACGUUCUGGUGCUCCCUCCAAUGACUGCUGCUCCUCUCCUCGCACGCCCAGGGCACUCCUCUCCUUCCAGGACAGUGAGUUGAGCAUCGAGCUCCAGAGUGCAAUGAUGGGCAAGGCAGGAGGAGGAGUGGGGGAGGGGUUUAUUGUGAGAGGCGCGGCCUCUGCAGAAGCCAUGUCUACCAAGUCAGUGAGUCAGGAAAGCAUCGGGAUGCGGUCCCGUGGCUCUGGGAAUUCCGGUAAUUCUUAUCCGGGUUAUAAUCAGGAUCAUCAAGCCACAGCAGCAUCAGCUGGGACAUCUAGUCAGCCUGAGGAGUGCUUGGGGAAUGGUGGAGGAGGGGGGGAGGCCAAGCAUGGAGGAGACAGUCCUGGAGGGAGAAACAGACAGAGAUCCACAGAGACAUGGGAACCCCAGCGUCAGUCCUCCACCCCCACCAAACUGCCCUUCCUUCCUCUCACUCCUCCGUUAACCCCCAGCAAGAUGCCGCGCUUUGCCUACCCAGGCAUUCCACCCAAGUCAAAACCCUUUCAAUCCCCUAGCCGCCUCUAUCAACCCCAACAUCAUCCACUUUCUUCUCCUCCUUCUCCCUCUGCGCAGACAUCUCCCACACAGAGAGCCUUCAGUUACCUCCACACCCAGGCAGGUUGUGGAGAUGGUGCAUCACGCAUACUGUCCAAGCCCCUGGCUGGAGCUGUUCCUCUCCCAGGUCCCCGGCCUGGACAGGGCUUCCUUGUCAACUCCCAAAAGAGCAUGCCCAAGAAGCGUGCCCAGAGUCUGACACGCUACGCUCUGUCUGAUGGCGAGCCGGACGAAGAGGAUGACCCUACCAACUCUACCACCUCUGCUUCUGCUGUAAACAUGCCCUCGUAUGCCACCCUGGCACGCCGACCAGGACGUGGGCACAGCAGCUCUACCGGUGCCCAGCGUCACAUCAACCGCAGCCACUCAUUUGCUGUUCGCUCCCGACACAAAGGCCCACCACCACCACCUCCUAAGAGGAUGAGCUCAGUGAGCAGCGCCUUGACAGGCCAGUCAGAGGAUGAGGUCGAGGUGGAGGGAGGAGUGGCGACGGAGAGUGCAGGAAGUGUGAGGAGCAUUGCCGCCAGACUAGAAGGAUGUGCUGGUGGUCCCUCCAAGAGAAUAGACAUCCCACCACCCCAUUCACCACGCACACCUGCUUGCUCACCUCUCUCAUCCCCACAUUCACCCGAUUCUUCUGCUCACAUACCUGCACCUAUAAUUCAGACCCCUGUACAACCCUCCUCCAAACCCAUUCCUGUCCAGGGACUAGCAGGCCUGAAGAAGACUGGUGGUGAAAGGACAGAGGGAAGGCUUGACAGACUACAGAGAGGUGGAGGAACUGAGGGCAAAGUUGAUGAGAACGUGAGAGGCAGGAAAAGUGGUCAGGUGGCAAAUAACCCCACUACAAAGAACAGCUCGAGUGGCAUUCUGCCUUUUGCUGAAGAGGGUAAUCUCACCAUCAAACAACGGCCUCGGGUAGGAGUUGCUUGCCGGGCAGAGGAUGAAACGAAGGCCCAGUCUCCCCUGGAAGGCCCUGCUCAGGUCCCAAAGACCCUGGAGCUUCCGGAAUUCAAUCUAAAAGAGUCGGAUACCGUGAAAAGACGACACAAACCCAAAGACAAAGAUGCUGGGACACCAGAGGAGGUCACCACCCCUGCCAAUGGAGAGCACUCAUUUGUACACACACCAGCUAGAGCUAAUGUAUUCCACACGUACACCAAUGGUGACUUGCUGAGUGAUGAGGAAUCUCCGGGGCAGGAAAAAGUUUUCCAGAGGGUGGGCUCAAUGGGAAAAGGCCUUAAACCUCCCAUGUUUGGCAACCCUCCCAGUCCUCUCAAACCACCACUCACCAGCAAGCCAGCCAGUCCCCAGAAAACAGCGUCUUCAAUUCCUAAACAACCUGGCACCCAGAUUCCUAAACUAACCAGUGUGCAGAUUCACACAGUCUCACCGAAGCUAUGCAGCAGUGUACAGCCACAUUCAUCCAUCCCCAGUCCUAAACCAGUCAGAUAUGUACAGGCUAUGAUCUCCAAGUCAGCCAGCCCACAAAGACCUGCUGCUGCGUCUGCCUCAAGUGUCCCUCAGCCCAGUUCAGCCUCCCAAUGUCCCCCAGGAGUGAACCUAAACGUGGUCCAAAGUUUGGCUUUUCCCGCUCCAUCCUCCCCAGCAAUCCCAGGCCAGGCAGGGAAAACAGCAAAGGCCCCGGCCGGCGUGGCCUGUCCAGAGCUCCUGGUACAGAGGAGGCUGGAGGAGACCAGCACAUCACUGGAGGCUGCGCUGAAAGUGGUGGAGAACAAACUGGCACAGGACAACAGUAUGGACAGUGGCAACAGCACAAUGAAGGCAGCGGGAAACAUUCUGGAUGACAUUGGCAAUAUGUUUGAUGACUUGGCAGACCAGCUGAACGCCAUGUUGGAAUAGCUUCUCUACCUGGGCCAAGUAAUUCCUUGAAAGGAGUACAAAGACAAAAAAGAAAGCCCUUGACAGGCCACCAUUUGUCUCUGCACCUUAAAGGGAAAUAGAGAACUAGUACGAUGAAGACGCCCUGCUUCUGUCAUAAAUCCAUCCCGUUCUCUGGGUCACGACAUCACAAGCUUCCCCCCCCCCCUCUUUUACUCCCCAAUUGUAUGUGGCCAAUUACCUCACUUUCCCGAGCCGUCCCGGUCGCUGCUCCACCCCUUCUGCCGAUCCGGGGAGGGUUGCAGGCUACCACAUGCCUCCUCCGAUACAUAUGGAGUCACCAGCUGCUCUUCACCUGACAGUGAGGAGUUUCGCCAGGAGGACGUAGUGCGUGGGAGGAACAGGCGCCCCAACCGACCAGAGGAAACGCUAGUGCAGCGACCAGGUCACAUACCCACAUCCGGCUUCCCACCCGCAGACACGGCCAAUUGUGUCUGUAGGGUCGCCCGACCAAGCCGGAGGUAACACGGGGAUUGGAACCACUGAUCCCCGUGUUGGUAGGCAACAGAAUACCCCUUCUGUACUCCACAAUCCUGAAUUUAUUUAGAAAACUUUCAUGGGAUACGGUGCAUUUCGACAUGAAAUCCUAAACUUUUAAUUACUACUGAUAUUUCUCUUGUGUUGUUUUUAAUGCA